GGACUCCUUCCUGUCCCGCCCACCUGGGAAAUGCAAGGGGGGCCCAUGUGAACCUCUUUGUGCCUCCCAGAGAUUUGCGUCUGCAGCGAUGCCGGACCGGGCUGUUGCUCUCGCCGGGGGAGCCCCAUAUUAAAGGGGCUGGUGGUGUUUGAGGAGGUGGCUGUGCACUUCACGGAGAAGGAGUGGGGCCUGCUGGAUCUGAACCAGAGGUCAUGCUGGAGAUUCACGACUUGGUGACCUCUCUGGAUGGACAUGUGAGCUCAAGACCUGACCUCAUCUCCUGGCUGGAAGAAGACAGAAAAGACCUCUUUGCCAAAGGCUCCAUGGAAGAGAUCAGAUCCACAGGUGGCAGAUCUCUGAAGAAGAUCAAGCUGGAGAGCUUCCCGGACGAAGCUCCCGUGAUCAAGGAAGAAUAUGAGGCCCUGCCGGAAAGAUGCCAAGAGAAUAUUUCUUUCCCCAGUGAGGCCGGUGAGGAGGCGCACCUGCUGAGCCGCGCCUCCGACCACGGUUUCCCCGAAGGCAUGUCCCUCUCAAGCAGCGGUAGGAAAGGGCGAGGCGUCUCCUGGAGGCACCAGGAAAUCUUGGACCUCUUGGACAUUUGGGGGGAGCCGAAGAUCCAGGAGCAGCUGCGUGCCAGCCACCGCAACAUCGAGGCCUUCGAGAUCAUCGCCCGGAAGAUGGCCUGCCGCGGGCACCGACGCAACGCCGUGGAGUGCCGCUCCAAGACCAAGUGCAUGAGGCUGGAGUACCAGCGGGUUGUGAACCACAACUCCAGGACGGGGAAGCACACGGCCACCUGCCCGUACUACGCAAAGCUGCACAGCAUCCUCCACAACGGGGACGCGGCCGUCCGGCCAAAGCGCAUCCCCAGGAACAUUAAAAAAAAGACAAGAGCCUCAACACCGCUCGCCAAGGAGACUGCCGCUCCCGAGCGCACCGAGGAACUUUGUGCCCAGGAUGCGCAAGCAGGAAAUGCAGAGGAGUACAUGGUGAAGCAAGUUCUUGUACCUGGAGAUGGCCACAGCAAAGAAAAGGCCAUAGAAGAGAGCAUUGAGACGUGCAUCAUUGGAGAUCGCUCCGAUGCAGCCUCCAGCGGAAUAGGGGUGGAAAUGGAAGCCGACCAGGCAGACACGGAGGUGGAGAAGGAACAAGACGCUGCCGCCCCAAACCGCCCGGCUCCUGCCCUGUCCCCCGAUACUUGCAUGGCGAUCCUGAGGACCAAGAAGAAGCGAAAAGGCGAGAGCGACAUGAUCGAGCGGCUGAUGAAGCACUCCUCGAUGGAGAACGCCCGGCUCCUGUCCGCCAUGGAGAAAGACAGCAAGGUUUUCUCGGAGUACGUGCAGCUCAUGAAAGAGGAGGACGCGCAGAUCAAGGAGGAGAGGAAAGCCUUUCUGAACUCCAUUGACAAUCUCGGCACCAUCCUGCAGAGCCUCGUCUCCGGCCUGAAUAAAAUCGGAGAGGCCCUGCUCAGGCCCGACCAAAGCCCGGCGGCCGGAUUCGCAGACAGCUUCUCCUCUCUAAACUCGCCCUCGGGCUGCAUGUCGCCGGUGCUUUGCAACGGAGAAAGUACCCCUUCUCAGAGCACCCAUUUCUCUGGCUCGCUGGAGAGGGCAUCUCCGGAAACAUCAAGCCCCGCCAAGGAAUCCAUGUACAUUCCAGACUGCCAAGGGUAGCUGUGCAUAAAAGGCCAGGUGUGGACGACCCUUUUCAUGCCUCCCUUGUGGCUUAACCUUCCCCACCACCCCCCAGGGCCUGCAUGCCGGAGGUGGGGGGAGCCGAUGCAAAAGGGGGCAGAGCCGAUGCAGAAAAAUGUAGCAGUAGGCCGAUGCCAUCUCUCGUGCAUAUGCACCCCAUUGAUACAGAAACGCAGGAUAAUUAG